AUAUGUGUCGCUGUAGCCCCAAGAUUUCGAUCUCCUCAUUUUAGAUGGUUUCGAACUAGUUUAUUUUUAGCUAUGGGAUUAAGUGCUGUUGUACCAUUGGCACACGGCAUAACUCUUUAUGGGAUUGAUGCAUGUUUUAAAGCGAUUUCUUUGAACUACGUGUUAUCCAUGGGUGCCCUUUAUGUUAUAGGUGCAUUGUUCUAUGGAGCAAGAGUCCCUGAAAGGUGGUACCCUGGAACAUUUGAUAUCUUUGGAUCAUCACACCAAAUAUUCCACUUGUUUGUAGUGGCAGCUGCUUUGGUUCAUUAUUUUGGAGUUACUCAAGCAAUG